AUGAAUGUCACCAGCGUGAAUGUCCAUCCUCGACCCAUAGCUGUCAGCAUAGGAUUGAUGGCAGCUGAAGCCCCGGCCGAGAAGAAAGACCGCACCAAGUUGUUGGCAGCGGUAGCAACAGCCGGGUUAGCUGUGUGUAGGUCGACCAGCAGGGUGGAUGUGGACAUGAAACCAUCAUUCUGUCCUACGCCAACGAAAAUAGAAGCACCUCUAGAGCCGCAAGAGGCGCACCAUACUUUAGAACCCAGCCAAACGCCAGCACAGUGA